AUGCCCAGCCAAAUCCAAGAUCUCGAAGCGUACGAGCUCCAGCCCGCGUCAGACUCCGCAUCGUCCCCUCUCCUCCCUUCAUACUCGUCUUCACUCCCCCGAUCGUCCUCGCCGCCCCUCACUCUUGGCCGCAAACCUCAGCAUGCGCACAAGAAGCGGUCGGGACGGACGUGCCGUGCGCUGCUGAUCGUAUGGUCCCUGGUCGUCCCUGCGUUGCUGGGCGGGGCGCUGUUCGGGUGUUACACGGGCCAAGGGAGGGAUUGGGUCAGUGGGAUCAAAGACUGGGAGGCUGUGCCUCAGGAUGUGAAGGACUGGCUGGAUAAGGUCGUUCCAGGCGAGCGUGUAGGGGGUUUGGAGCGCCCGGAUCCAGGGAUGUUCCCUACGAAUAUCGGCUACGCUGGACCUACACCCACAGGCAAGGAGCCCGCGAUGCUACUCACCGCCCCCCACGCCCCUCUGCACACAGCCAUCCCCCCUCUCCUCCCCCCCACAUCCCACAACCCAAGCCACAAGUCCAAACCAAUCCAACACCUCUGGGGCAAUCUCUCACCAUACCACUCCGUCACGCACGGCUUGGGCGAUACAUCCGCUCUCAUACCGGCAGGAUGUGAAUUGACGGAACUGCACUGGUUGCAAAGGCACGGUGCGCGGUAUCCUACUUCGUCAGAAGGCGGGCCGGCGGAAUUGGCGGGCAAGUUGCGGGCGAUGAGGGGGUGGAAGGCGAGUGGGGAGUUGAGAUUCCUGGAGGAGUGGAAGUGGAGAUUAGGGGCGGAGGUGUUGACGCCGUUUGGAAGGGAACAGCUGUUCGACCUCGGUGUCGCCGCUAGAGUCAAGUAUGGGUUCCUACUCGAUAAGAUGAAGGGUAGACUCCCGGUAUUCCGGACGGAAAGCCAAGAUCGCAUGCUCAAGUCCGCUCAGAACUUUGCUGCCGGCUUCUUCGGCAUACCUGCGGAAGAGCAGUACAAUCUCGAAGUAAUGAUCGAAUCGCCCGGUUUCAACAAUACGCUGGCGCCGUGGAACACUUGCGACCGCGGCAGCUGGAACUACACCACCGUCAACGCCAAGCUACACGAAUGGGACGAGAUCUUCCUCAAGGAUGCGCGCAAGCGAUUACAGAAAGAUCUCCGCGGGAUGGAAUUGACACUCCUGGACGUCAGGCGAAUGAUGGAUGUGUGCCCCUACGAGACCGUCGCGCUCGGCUACUCGGAGUUUUGCGGUCUGUUCACUGAGAAAGAGUGGAAAGGGUACGAGUAUCGCUGGGAUCUGUUUUGGUGGUACUCUUCUGCGUUUGGGUAUAAGAAUGCCCGAGCGCAGGGGAGGGGCUGGGUGCAGGAGCUGGUAUCGAGGUUGACGCAUAGUGAGUUACCCCAGUACGUCGACUUUACACACGACGCCCACUUCUCCUUACUCCUCCCUACCCUCAACCUUACCACAUUCGCCGAAGCCGGCCCGCUCCCUUCGGACCAUAUCCCCAAACAUCGCACAUUCGUCUCAUCCGAGAUUAUGCCGUUCGCGACCAACAUGCAGGUGCAGGUACUGACUUGCGGCGCCCGGGGGAAGGGCGAGGUUGAAGAUGGGGACGAUAAGGAGGAGCACGAGCAGGAGCACGAACACGAGCACGAAGGAGAGGAGAAGGAGGAGGAAGGCGAGACUGUGAGAGGGACCAGGGGAACCGGCGGUUCUGGGAGGAGAUCGCGAAGGCGGGACGUCUCGGAAGGGCGAAAAGUCAGGAUUGUGCUUAAUGACGGGGUGGUGCCUCUGACGGGUAUCAGGGGUUGCAAGGAGGAUGAAGACGGGUUGUGCGAUCUGGGAGCGUUCGUAGAGAGCUUGAGCGAGUUGAUGGCCGGCGGGGAUCCGAAUGGGGUUUGUAGGUGA